AUGUCAACAAUCGGCACAACAACAAUUCAAACAACAGCACCAAACUCGUUAGUCAUGAAUCCUACGUCAAUGUUAGUAGAGAUGAAAAGCUUCAUUCCUUCUUCAUAUACUUUUGAAACAGAAAUCCAGAAGAUAAAGCAAGAACUUUUAACAUGUAAUUUAGACUGUAGUGCGAAAGAUGAAACAAAUGAACAGUAUCUUUAUGAAAUGCAGGACCUCAUCGACCAUUUACCCAAAUUGCCUGAAAUCCAACAACAAAAACUCACUAUUCCUGAAUUCGACGA